CCGGGCAGGUUGUGCCCGCCGGGCCCUCCUCCCUCGCUCCCUCCCCGCCCGGCGGAGAGGGGUCGGGGGAGGGGGCAGCAUGGCCUGUCCGUCCGGCCCCUUUUGCAGCGCUCAUCUGCCCCGGGAGUGCGGCGCGGCUCCUCGCAGGGAGAAGAGCUCCGAAUGGAGACCGACGCCAGCCAGCCCGGCCUCGCCUCCCCGGACUCCCCGCACGACCCCUGCAAAAUGUUCAUCGGGGGACUGAGCUGGCAGACCACGCAAGAGGGCCUGCGGGAGUACUUCGGGCAGUUCGGCGAGGUGAAGGAGUGCCUGGUGAUGCGGGACCCGCUGACAAAGAGAUCCAGGGGCUUCGGGUUCGUCACCUUCAUGGACCAGGCUGGCGUCGACAAGGUUCUGGCCCAAUCCAGACAUGAACUGGACUCCAAGACGAUUGACCCGAAGGUAGCAUUCCCCCGCCGAGCACAGCCCAAGAUGGUGACCCGAACGAAGAAGAUAUUUGUGGGUGGUCUGUCAGUGAACACUACUGUGGAGGAUGUGAAACAAUACUUUGAGCAAUUUGGGAAGGUGGACGAUGCGAUGCUGAUGUUCGACAAGACCACCAACCGACACCGAGGGUUCGGGUUUGUCACAUUUGAAAGUGAAGAUAUUGUGGAAAAAGUGUGUGAAAUCCACUUCCAUGAGAUCAACAACAAAAUGGUGGAAUGUAAAAAAGCACAGCCGAAGGAGGUGAUGUCCCCGACGGGCUCGGCGAGAGGGCGGUCCCGAGUGAUGCCUUACGGGAUGGAUGCCUUCAUGCUUGGCAUCGGCAUGCUGGGUUAUCCAGGCUUCCAAGCAGCCACAUACGCGAGUCGAAGUUACACUGGCAUUGCACCCGGCUACACUUACCAGUUUCCUGAGUUCCGUGUAGAGCGGACCCCUCUCCCGAGUGCCCCCGUCCUCCCUGAGCUCACAGCAAUCCCCCUCACUGCGUAUGGACCAAUGGCGGCAGCAGCGGCUGCGGCGGCCGUGGUGCGAGGGACAGGUAACUGCCACUUUCCUCCCCAGCGCUGCGUCCCGUCCCGGAGGUUCCACCCCCAGUCGCACCGGUGGAUUUCUGGGCACCACCAGCCCCGGGCCGAUGGCCGAGCUGUACGGAGCCGCCAACCAGGAUUCGGGGGUCAGCAGUUACAUCAGCGCUGCCAGUCCGGCCCCGAGCACUGGCUUUGGCCACAGCCUAGGGGGUCCCUUGAUUGCGACAGCUUUUACCAAUGGGUAUCACUGAAGCUGGGCACCAAGGAGGUAGGAGACUCCCCAGUGCCCUGACCGAGGACGGCGGCUGGAGGAUCUGGUGAGCCUCGGCUGAUGAGCCAAGGUUACCUUUUUCUGGAAUCAAACUGCACACUGCCGGCUGGCUGCCAGGCUCCCGCCGCCCUGCCCUGAUCUCUCCCUUUGACCAGACCGCACUGGACUGAACCCGAGGAGAUCAUCUCGCUUUCUUACUAACCACCGACGGUUUACGCUUCCCCCUUCCUGCCCCCCCCAGCCCACCGAUUCUUCUUUUAUUUAUUUUAUUAGCUGUUAGUUUUAUUUUUUUAUUUUAUUUUUUUAUCUUUUUUGGGGCUCCUCCUUCUUUUUGUUGUUUGCUCUUUCCCGAGCUAGUAGACAUAUUUUAUGAAUUGGCUUUGUGAUUGUGUUAGGUAGUUUUUAUUGAGGAGUAUUUUUAUUUGGCUUUGAAACUGUUUUGAAUAUUUUCAACUCUGUUGUUGUUGUCAGUGUUUUUAAAGCACGGUAUGUAACAAGAAUGCAGUUCUGAAGGGAAGAAAGAGACGCAGAGAGAGCAAAGGCUGAGAGGAACUGAUGUAUUUCUAUUUUUUUUAAAGAAACUGUUUUUAAUUGUUUCUGUUUUGUAAAUGUGAGGCUUUGAAAAGCGUGAAACUCCAAGGAUCCGAAAACGUUGGACAUCGCUAUGGAACAAAACAAAUGUAUAUUUUGCUAAGUGAAAAACACUAUCCUUAGAGCUGAGAGAAUUUCUGUUUUCCUAGGUUUAGUUUUACGUGGGAUUUUCUUUUUCCUCCUGUAUAAUAUGUAAAUAUCGCGAGGUGAACCUGGCUGCCUCCUGCAGCCUGGCUCCAAGGAGCAGCUCCAGGUCCUGGACUUGGUGCCGCAGUGUGAGCAAUACUCUCCAGCAGAAUCCUGACAGGACUCCGUUCUUUUUUUGUACACCUUUUACUGUAAGAUUUUAAGACCUCUGAUGAGAUGGAAGGGGGGGGCGGGGGCGGGGGCGAGACGUACCGGCCAUCGGCUGCAUCGCUGAGCGGGUUAAAGCUGCUUCCAAUCGCUCAAUGUACAGACUCCGUCACCGGGCUCCGUAGUGCCAGCGCCUGGUUUGGCUUUAGGUAAAAGGGCUUUACCGCCACUGCUUGUCUUGGUUACCCUGAAAGGACUUCACUCUCCAAACGCGAUCGCUCACGUCGGGAUUUCCGGGGAGGGGGAUGCUCCUCCGGAGGCGAGGGCAUCGGAAGGGAUGUCGCCCGGGCGGGGGCGACUCGGCUGGUCGGGCUCUGGAGG